AUGUGCUUUAAUACCAAAAUCGACGAUCCAACCCAACAACCGAUCCGCAUAUCUCAGUCUGCUGAGGCGCGGAACAGCGAAGUCCUCUACGAUGUGACCAAGGAGCGAAAGUGGAGCAGAAAGAGCUCGCAACCCUAUAUUGAUGAUGGCAGCAAGGGAAAUGAUGCUGAGAAUGCCACCGAGCUAAGAAAGAAAUCUAGCACGGGAGCCGAGUCUGUUCCAUCGAAUUCAAAGCCGAAGUCCAAACGACGAGGUGACACACACCACAUGACGGGUUAUUCGAUGGAUUUCGGAGCUACAUUCUAA